AUGGCCGGGGCACCCUCCUCGAGCACUCGCACCAUCAGCAGCAGCAGCGGCGGUAGAGGCCUCACCACGCUGGCACCAUCGGCUGUUCCGACCGGAUCAAGCGGCUUGAGUAUACAGCAGGUUCGAUGGACACAUCAACAGCCGCAGCAGCAUCAGCAGGGGCACCACCGCGACGCAGCCUCGUCUCCGUUGGUUGAGCUGCGUCGCCUCCGCCAGCUCGUCCGCGAGGCCGAUGCGACAAACUCGAAGCUCGACAAGGAGCGCAUCCUGUCCGACUUCUCCGACCUGCAGCCCCUGCUCGCCUUCCUUUACGAUGCCCACUCGCGGCUGCAUAUCACCUCUGGCAGCCUGAAGCGUCACCUCGACCGGCGGAAGGCCGACGCCGAUUGGCAGCACAACGUGGCUCCACGCCUCACCACCUCCUCCAACAAGGCACAGGCACGCACCAAGCGUACCGCCAUGAUGGACUCGCUCGAGCAGCGCGUCGACCCGCCAGAAACCCUGCUCGAGCUCUUCCAGAUGCUCAGGCAGAGGCGAGUGACGGGCGGCAUGGCGCUCGCCACCGUCGCCGUCUUCCUCCAGCGCCACGGCAUCCUGGCCGAGCACGACGACGCACUCUCCGACAGCAGCUCGGGCGACGCCGAGCUCGACAACCGCGAGAGCAUCAGAAAGGUGCUCAUGAAGCCCACGGUGCUCGAGAUCUUUAUGCGAUGCAUCGAUCGCAAUCUCCAGGCGGGCUUCGGCGAAAAGAUGCUCGUCCAGGCCUUCAACGGGCGGCACCGCCAGCAGCAAAAUGACGACGGCAAUGACGCCGCAGAAAACGGGACAGCGGCAGACAAGGAGAGCGGAAAGGGGAAGCAGAGACUGGUCGACGAAGGCGAUGCUGGCAAUGGCUCGGUGCCGGGCAUGAAGACUUCCACGUUCGAGGUGGCGCUGGGCAAGACGGUCAUGCUCGACGAGCUGCCCGAGAUCUUCACAUCCAAGCAGGGCGAGCCGCAGGGCUGGUUCGCCAGCCGCAAGCUCGAUGGCAUCCGGUGCAUCAUCUUUGUGGACUUUGACCCAGACCUGCCAUCGUCACCCGACCGGCCGCUAGUGAUCCAGUCGAUCCAGACCCUCUCCCGCACCGGCCGGGAGUUUACCACGCUCGAACUGAUCAAGGCCGACCUCGCAGCGACGCUGCCCUCGAACCCGACGAUACGAGCAAUGGUGGAGCAGGAGCUCGUCCGGUCGCCGCAGCUAUGCCACCAACGAGUACGGCUCGUGCUCGAUGGCGAGACGUGCAUGCUGACGAGACCGCCGGACGGUGGUGCGGCAGUCGAGACCGACGCGGUGCCGGAAGGCGAUCAAGGCGCCUUUGUCGCCGUUGCGAACCCGAACGCUUCGAAGGCGAGGCAGCAGCACCCAGGCCGAGGCGAACGCGAAACGUUCGUCGAAAACUUCCGGGCCAUCUCGGGCGCCAUCCGGCGCAAGAAAGGCAUCGUCCCUCGACCCCGCUACUUUCCAUUUGAUCUGCUGACAGAGCGCGAGUUUACGCUGUGGCGGGGCAAAGUGGCGCUAGUCGACGGCGCUGCUGCUGCGUCGUCUCCUCCGUCGUCGCCUGACACAGAGCCGGCCUACGUGGCGCACCGCCCCUUUUCGUCGCGCGUUUCGACGCUGCAGUCCGUGGUGCGGUGGUGCCACGAAGCCAAGCCGGGCCAGAGCCGGACGCUGCGGCAGCUCGAGCAGCAUCUCGUGCGCGGCGCGGACGAGGUCGAUCCGCUGAUCACGACGGCGCUCGAGCAAGGGUGGGAGGGGCUGAUGCUGCGCCACUCGUCGUCGAUCUAUGUCGGCAAGCGGUCGGCGCACCUGCUCAAGCUCAAGCAGUGGCAGGACGCCGAGUACCGCAUCGAGGCGGUCAACGUCGCGCCGAUGCGCCUCUCGCUCGGCGGAGGCGGCGGGUACCGCGUGUGCGACGGCGUGGCGAGCGUCACGAUCCGGCACAACGGCAUCGAGGUGCGCGUCGGCAGCGGCUUUACGACCAAGCAGCGCGUCGAGUGGGCCAAGCACCCCGAGCGGAUCAGGGGCAAGUGGUGCACCGUCGAGUACUUUGCCGAGAGCCAGAGCAACGCCAGGGAUGGGAAGGUGGGCGCGGCGGGCGGCGCCGGUGCCGGUGCCGGCGGUGGUGAUGGCGGUGGCGACGGUGGCGACAAUGCCGGCGGCAGCGGCGGCGACAGCGACAGCGACGGUGUCAGAGGCGCUGAGCAGGACAAGGCGAGCGCAGAGCUGGACGGCGGACGAAGUCUGCGCUUCCCGCGCAUCAAGCAGGUCUACCUCGAGGGCGGGAGGGACAUGUAA